CGCGACUCUCCGAAAGUGCAUAGGACGUGUGUGUGUACAGCGACCGAGGCGGCGUGCGCGCGCGUCUCCGGCGUGCCAGUGUAAGUAUCUGCUAUUGAUUUUUCGGCGUCGUCCGCCGCCCGGGCGGUGACGGAGAUCGGGGCGAGUCCGGCGGGGAGGCGGCGGGACCGUGGCGCCGGCGCCGGGGCUCCGGUGUGCCGCCACCGCCGCGCGGACGUUGUGCGUUUUUCGCGUAUUAAUGACGAACGCGACCGAAAGCUGUACGUCGACGACGAGCGAAUAUAAUAUCCGGUGCGGGCGGUGGUGCGGACCGAGGCCGUAAAACGACUGCUCUGGAGAAGAACUACCGCGCCGUCGCUGAACGCCAUCGUCGUCAUCGUCGUCGUCGUCGUCGUGUGGUCGUCGCACUCAUUGUAAUAUUAUCAUGAAAAUAAUAUAAUAUUAACGUAGGUAACGGUAAUAAUGUUUCGUAGCGAAGAUACGCCUCCGCCGGUAACGUUGCACGGAUUUCGUGGUCUGUUAUUAGUACAACCAGCUUAUUAUAAAUUACGACAACAACAACAACAACAACAACAACAUCGUCAAUAAUAAUAAUAAUAAUAAUAAUAACAACAAUAAAAUACGUGUCCGUAGGAUAGAGUGUAACGUUAUAUUGUUAUUAUUAUCAUUAUGUCGUAGUAUGUGCCGCCAGUGUCCGGUGGUCGGUGGUGUACCCGCGAUUUCUACCACUGCUGUGACGACCGCAAUAACGCGUGAAAAUCGAAAUUUCGCUUGAAAUAUAUCGUUUUUAUCAUUAUAAUCGUCUCAACGCAACGAUAACGACGACGACGCCCGCGAACGCAUUUCAGUGUGCCGGCGGUGGUGCGUUAAUCGCUGGCAAACCGUCGUGUACCGUAUUAUAAUAUUGCAGUGAUCGCAAUAUAAGAGUCUGCGGCCCCCUGUCGGGCACACGCCCGUCUCGUCUUCGCCGCCGUCGUGUCAGAGUCGUUGUCGUUGCCGUCGUUUUGAAAUAUCCAUAUUAUUCCGGUCGGUUGUUUCCGGUGUCGUCGUCGUGUUCGGGCGAUGGCCACAAGCGGUUUCCGGGCCUGCCGUCGCCGCCGCCGCCGUCGUAACGCGAUCCGACAAAACAGCUGUCCGCCCGCCGACGUCGUUGUCGACGGACACGUCCUAAACAGGUACUUGGUCUGCAAACGUCCCGUCGUCGCCGCUGUUGUCGUACCGAUUUACUUGAGAACCGAAUUCAAAUGUUUAUAAACACGACGAUUUUAAUUCAGUAGAGCUGGCACUGUGUACUCAAACGUAUCCAGUGAUAACAUCAUUUCUUUUUCACAUGGAGAAUAUCAGCUGAAAAAUACAAGAUGUCUUGACAAUGACGCCAAUGGCGGCAAUAUGAGACCGUUACCGCCGGGUCAAGAUGGAGUCGACUACUGUAAAAUUCGCAGAGACCGAAACCACCACCACCAUCACCACCAUCAUCACCACAGCAAUCACCACAGCGUUGGAGGUGGCAGCAGUGGCGGCACUCUUCGCCGGUCUUCAGCGUCAUUGCUGGAACCACCGUCUCCCACCGAACGGUACCACGGCACCAUCGAGGGCCAUUACCGUUUACAUGACCUGGCGCUCGACAGGUACGUCCCACCGCCGUCCCCCGAACGGUACUCAUCGGGUGUAUCGUCGGCCAGCCGGUCGUACCAACACCACCACUCCCAACAACAACACCAUCACCAUCAGCAGCAGCCGCCGGAAGAUCGGUACUCUUCGUCAUCGUCGUCGUCGUGUCAUGGCACCGCCGUCGGGACAGGAAGUGGCGGCGGCGGCGGCGGCCGCAACCACUAUCUUCCGGUGUCGCAGAGCACGUCUGAAAGCUUCAUGUCACCGCCGUCACCGGUGGCCGAACGGUUCGACUAUGCCGCGCGUCACCACGAUAGUUACACCACCACCGCCAAACGAAACGAAUCUGCUUAUUCCAGAUACCACAUACCGGCUGAGAGAUUUGUUCCGAUCGUUUCUCCUGACGAUGGUUACGACGGCCAUUACGACCGGUGCGACGACGCGGCCUACAGCUCCCGGAAAGAGGCAGCGGCGCUGUACUCGAGGGCGUCCGCUAUCGUGGACGCGAUGCCUUCCUCGGCGGCCGCGCUGUCCAGAGCGUACGCGACAGCCACCCUGAGACCGUCGAACCGCUGCUGUACGGGCCCGCUGUACAGUGGCGGCAGCAGUGGCGGAGUGGGCGGCAGCAGUGGCGGCGGCGGCGGCGGGUGCGGCGGUUACCAGUACGGCACCGUCGGUCGAUCGCGGUCGCCCAGGGACCUGUCGCCUUCCGGACUGGUCAGACAGCAAGCCGCCCACUUGUCUUCCACGGGGUCGCCGCCCAAAGGUCCGUCGAACAACAACAACAACAACAACGCGUGUCUGCAGGUCCAGUACGACGCGCACUCGGUCGCCAGCACGCUGCCCCGGUGCAGUAGCGCCAACGUCGUUUGCGCCGGACAAAACGGUUACGACGAACCGGCGGCCACCGGUUACAGUGGCAGUCACGCGGCCACGCGCCGCAUAUCGUCCUCGUGCAUCAGAGAGAGCUCGGCGUUGGCGUGCUGUUCGACAGCCGCUUAUUCUGGCCACGCCGCGCUGUCCGGCGUCAAGAGUGCGGCGGCCGCCACGUCGGCGGCUUCGUCCACCCCGUCGGCCGUCGCCGCAUCAGUAGCGGCGGCGGCGGCGACGGCCACCUCCACGCCGUCGUCUUCCGCCCAAAUUUGCGGUGGCAGCGGAAGUGGUAACAACAACAACAACGCACACUGUCCUCCGACUCAACCCAACAACGCCUCUUGGAAACCUGGGUUUACUAAAGGGUUGACAAUUCAAGCUCAAACAAACUCAAGAUCCCCACCACUCUCCAUAACUUCAAGCCCUGGGUCUAUUCAAUCAUCUAGCAGUACAAGUAGUGGUGUUCAUUCAGCACCUCCAAAUAUGGAAUCGGCAGCUGAACGCAAGUAUGACCCUCCGUUUAGGUCUAUGUCGGCACCUGCACCCAGUAAUUCGCAACCGUCAUCUUCAUCCACUGAAGUGACAACUGAUAAUUCUGAGGAAACUGCUAGUACAUGUACAGUACCUGCUAACAGUAGUGGUUCAGAUCAGCCAAAUAGUCCUCCAUCAGAAACUGUUUAUCAUCCAAAACACAUACACCAUCAAAGAUCAUUACCAAUUUUAUCUUCAAAUAUGUUAAACAAACCUAGAACAUUUCACAGGUCUACGUCAAAAACAGAAGCUGUAAAAAAUUUCAUUAAGAGAGAAACAGCUAUGUUUUUUGGACUUGACGAAGAAUUUGAAGAAACUGAAAAACUUAAAUGGUUAGAUAGAAGAAAACGUUUAGCAACUAGAAAAUAUGGAGAGUUGAAAAAUGAAUACAUGAAUUCUGUAAAUGAAAUUCCCAUAACCCAAAUAUCACAGCCUGAUGUAUUACAAUCUAGUCGAGAUAUUGAUGAACGAGAUAGUUCCAAUCGUGUUCAACCUUUAGGAAGGAAACCAUCUGUUGCUAAAUUAACAUUAAGCGGAUUAUCUUUUGUUAUUUCGAAAACACUUAGUCGUAAAAAGAAAAUAAUAACACCAUCAAAUGAAUGGUCUCGAAGUUAUCCUUCAUCCGUCACAUCUGAUGCUCCAACAAUUUUAUCCCAAAUGACUGACGAUGUGUUUUUUGAUCGACUCUCCUCGGAUAGCGGCGACCAAGGAAUAGAACAAGAAGUCGUGGAUUCUGGUGGAAAUUAUGAAAGUUCAAUUAGACAACAUUAUAAAAAACCACAUCAAAGUUUCAGAAGAUAUUCUAGUUGGCAAAGAAAUCCAUCAAGAAGAGUUGAAGAUGAUCAUAUGCCAAACAUUGGAAUGGGUAGAAUUUGGGGCAGAGUAUUAGAUAGAGCAUUUGAUAACUCUGACAGAAGGCAGUAUGGAAUGGGUUUUAUUGGGAGAGUAUGCAGACGUUCUUUAAACAAGACAGUCGUAAACAGAAGAGAUGUGAAACAACAACUUGAUGAUUUAGAAGAUCAUAGGCCAUUUUUUACUUAUUGGGUGACAGUAGUUCAAAUUUUGGUGCUAUUCUUAUCAAUAUUUUCUUAUGGUCUUGGACCUUUUGGUAUUGAUCUCAGUCACCAAUCUGGUGCUGUUAUGGUCACAAGUUUAUCCGUACAAAUUAUUGAAUAUAUAGAACCUUCAAAUUUUUGGAUAGGACCAAGAGCAGCGGAUUUAAUACACUUAGGAGCUAAAUUUGCUCCUUGCAUGCGGAAAGAUAAAAACAUAAUGAAAGAAAUUGAAAAAUGGCGAGAAAAAGAGAGAGAAACUGCUUGUUGUAUAAGAAAUGAUGACUCUGGAUGUAUUCAAGCAUCAAAAGAACAAUGCACAUUUUUAAUACCGUCUCACAAACGACUCACGGAUAAGGGCGGAGGUAGUGGUGGUGGAGGAGGAGAUGGAGAUAAACCACCAUCGACAUCAAUUUCUAAAUGGAAAAAAUGGUCAGAAGUUGAAGCAGGACCUGGAGGGAGAAUAUCUGGUUCUGUCUGUGGCUUAGAUCCAAAGUAUUGUGAAGCUCCUGCAUCUAUAGCUCCAUUUGAAUGGCCUGAUGAUAUAACAAAAUGGCCAAUCUGCCGUAAGAUGAGUGGUAGAGGUAGUGCACGACAUAGCAGUUGGGGUAGUCCAUUGAUUCAGAAAUUAACGUCUGCUGAACACAUGAUUUGUGAAGUAAUAGGGCACCCAUGCUGUAUUGGAAUACAUGGAACUUGUCGAAUAACUACAAGAGAAUAUUGUGAUUUUGUACAUGGUUAUUUUCAUGAUGAUGCUUCAUUAUGCUCUCAAGUUUCAUGUCUAAAUGAUGUGUGUGGUCUCAUACCUUUCUUUUCUCCUGAAAUUCCUGAUCAAUUUUACAGAUUGUGGAUAUCACUUUUUAUACAUGCUGGUAUUCUUCAUUUAGCAACAACAAUUGUAAUACAGUAUUUUUUGAUGAGAGAUCUAGAAAAACUGACUGGUUCUUUAAGAAUAGCUUUAAUCUAUUUGGGUUCUGGAGUGGCAGGCAAUCUUGGCAGUGCAAUAUUUGUGCCUUAUAGAGCUGAUGUGGGUCCAGCUGGUUCCCAAUUUGGCCUUUUGGCGUGCCUUAUAGUUGAAGUAUUGAAUUGUUGGCCUAUGUUAAAGAGGCCCGAGCAGGCACUUUCAAAACUAUUAGCUAUCACAUUUCUGCUGUUUCUGCUCGGGCUACUGCCUUGGGUAGACAACUUUGCACAUCUAUUUGGUUUCAUUUUUGGAUUCUUAUUGUCUUAUGCAUUGUUGCCAUUUGUUUCAUUUGGACCAUAUGACCGUCAGAAGAAAAUCUUCCUGAUCUGGGUGUGCCUGUUAUCUGCGUUGUUUCUGUUCUUCUUGUUGUUGUUACUGUUCUACCUAAUACCAAUGUAUGAUUGUGAAAUGUGUAGUUAUUUCAAUUGUAUACCCAUAACUAAAGACUUUUGCGCCAAUCAGAAUAUUAAUUUUAAAAAUGAUGAUUAUACGGUAUGACAAAUGUGGUGGCGACGGUGCAAGACCGCGCAUACGUUAGUGACAACAUUUGCGAAUUGUUUUGUAACUUUAGCCACCUCCUGUAAAAUGCUUGAGGUACUUGUUGAUAUUUAUGCUCCCUUUUCAGUGAUAAAAAGGAAGAAUAAUAAAUAUAAUAAAAUUAUUAUAGUUAUUAAGAAAUUUACUACUCAGUUUUAUGUUAUUGUGCAAAAAAAAUCGUUAAGAAUAAUCAAAUUGUAUUGUUUCUAAUAAGUUAUAGUAUUAAUUAAUUUACAUUAAUAAUGUACCUAUGUUACAUAUUAUUAGUAUUGACUGAAUUAUUUUAUUAGUGUUUUAUCAUUCAAGUGUGAGGGAUAGCUUAAAAGUCAGUGAUAAAUUAUAUUAUGAUUUUCAAUUUUAAGUAUAAGAAAAUUAAUUAAAAAUCUAUUUGGUGAUUAUAUUUAAUGAUUUAUUGAUUAAAAAUUGUAAUUCACACACUUUCUUAGCCAAUAUUUUAAAUUGUACCUUUUUAGAUUACACAUUAUUUCAGAAAAAUAAUAAUUUUUAAAUUAUAAAAUGAUUAUUCCCUUUUUAUGGUACCUAUGUUGUUUAAAAAAUUGUUUUUAUUCAUUGUUGCCCUGCCACGGCACCAUCGCUUCAUCAUGUCAUAAUAAAUUUAUUGCCAAACCUCAAUUUUUUCAAAAUAACUUAACAAAACUAUUUCUAUCAAGUAAAUAAUAUAUAUUUAUUUAUAUUUAUAUAGUUGAUUAAUUUAAAUUAUAACACAGUUAAUAUUAACUUAUAAUUCAUCAUUUCAUUUAAAUAUUGAAAAUAGGUAGGGAACUGAUUUCAAAAUGAUCCUUUAUUAAUAAUUUUUUUUUUUACCAUUGUCACGUAUUUAACAAUUUAUUUUAAAAAUACAAUAUUUUCUUAUUUAUAUUAUGUUAUUGUUGUCAAAAUUUAAUGGCAAUUUUAAGCAAUAUAACAGUGUAUAUCAUUAAAAUUCAUUUUUAACAAUAUUUUGAAAUCAUGUUUUUAAGAUAAAAUCAAGUAGGUACUUAUUUAAUAAGUACAAAAGGCACUAUUACUAUUGUAUAAUGUAUAUUAAAAAAUAUGAAUAAAUUAGGUAGGUAUAAUAUUAUAACAGAUAAAAUUAAAAUACAAUUCUACAUUUUAUUUUUUAACCAAUAAAUUAUUUUCCAUUUUUCUAUAAAUAGAUCACAUACUAAACUUGCCAUGUAUAAAGAAAUUAUUUAGAUAUCGAAAUAUACCAAUCAUAAAUUUCGUAUUCAUUGAUUGAUGACUGUCGAUGGAUAGUUGCUUGAUGGCGGAGUCAUACAAUUAAAUACCAUAAAAGUACCUAAUGCAUACCUACCUGUAUAAAAGAAAAUUGGUUAAAGAUUCAUGAACAUUUUUAAUUAUUAAUAUCUUGAUUUGUGGAGUAAAUUAUUUUCUUAUAAUUCUUAUAUUUAAUCCAAUUUUUGAAAAAGAUAAAUUUAUUAUUUAUAAUUUAUCUAGAUUUAUAAAUAAUGAUUACAAAUGUUUAAUACAGGAAAUAACUAGAAAAAUAAAAUCAUUUUAAGUAACUUAUAAUUUUUUUUUUUUUGUACUCUUCGUUAAAUAUUUGUGCGCAAAUACUUAAUGUAUAAUACAAUAAUUAUAGUAUUAUAAUAAUAAUUGGAGCAUUACAGAUCACAUUAAAUAUUAAUAUGUAUUUAUCUGGCAAAAAAUAAAUGACGAUGUGUUUUAUUAGGUACCUACCUACUUACAGUCCAAAAUAUUUUGAUUUCAAUUUUUGUAAAUAAAAGAAUUCUAAUUUCUAAAUACAAUAUAUAAUAAUCAUCAUAAAAUAUAUUUACAGUGUAUAAUGUGUACGAUACAAUUUUGUCUAACACUUAAAAUUAAAAACUCAUUUUUUUUUUAAUUGUCCAUUUUAAUGUAAAGAAAACCCAACGACAUUGAAACACAACUGAGAUAUCUCAAAGUUUAGGUAACAUAUUGUAAGUUUUAUUAGUGUAAUGCUUCAAGGUUCAAACAACUAUUCAAAAUAGUAUCCGUAAAUGUAUCCUCAUUUUUUAUUCAUCCACCGGUAUGACCGCGUUCGUGCGCAUAUCUAAUAAUAUUCUAUAUUUUGUAUAAUUGUAUCUUAUAGGAAUAAUAAAAUACUGUAUCGGCUUUAAUAAGGAUUAAUGAGCAAUUGUACAGUUGUUAUCGUACCCGUGCCUAAUAAUAAUAUAAACGACCAAAUUCAUCGUAAUUAUUACUAUUAUUGUUAUUAUAACGAACGAAAGUCGUUAUCAAAAUCGUUUAAUUUUUCUGCAUUUUCAGGGUAAAAUCCUCAAAAAAAUCUCACGAUUGCUUUCGACGAUUUAUUAAUUAUUAUUAUUUUUUUUUUUGCUCCAAACAUUCUCUCUGUUUCACCACUCACUACCUUAUAGAUAUUUUAAUAUAAUGUUUUGGCGCACAUUAUAGCCAAUAUAGGUACCUCGUAGAUCGCUGUGGCAGGAUGACGAAACCAUAAUGAUGAUCUAAUUAGUCCUAAGAGGUUCCCACAUCGAUACCAACCUGUAAUGGCUGUAAUGCCACAGUGUAUAUCAGUGGCGUUACCGAGGGCCCGCAGACUCUGCGUCUUGGGGGGGGGGGAGAGCCCACGGUAAUUUGGAGCCUUUGGUUAUAGGAUUAUAUUUUGCUAUAACAAUAUAUUAGAGGCUCAUUUUAAACAUUUUUUAUUUUUGCGGGGGUCCCAAAUUUUUUUGUUACGCCACUGAUGCAUAUAUUAUUUAUCAUCCGUGUACGUUCGAGUCCGCUUUAUAUAAUUUGUAAUAUUGUACCUACUUUUAAUAAUAAUACGCACGUUAUAUGAUAUAUUAUAAUAUUAAGACUGUUUAAUUAUAAAAGAAAAUUGUACGUACAAUAGUACUUGUACAGUUAGAUUAUAUUGUAUUAAUAAUAAUUAUUAUUUUAAUUAUAAAUUGAAACAAAGGUCGAACUGAAUUCGUACAAGGAGAAAAUGUACUAUUACCUAUAUAUAUUAUUGAUAGAUAUUACUAUAUAAUUAUAUUAUUUUAAAAACAUUGUAUCAUUAAUAAUAUCUAUCCUCGUUAAAGUAACAUUAUCGUCGAGGCUGACGCGUCGGCGUGUCCUCCAAUAAUGCAUUUUAUAUCAUUUUGUGCAUUUGUUACGUACAUUAUACCGUAUAACAAUAAUAUAAUAUUAACAGUCUUAAAAUAUAUAUUUUUAAACGCUCUAUUAUAAAAUAAUUUUAAAAGUUUAAAUUUACACAUUUAAAACAGAAAUCUUAAAUUUGAAUUUGCAAUACAAUUUCGUUUAACUCGUCGUGUUAGAUACCUAUAAGGAUAACCUUUUCUUAGGUACCUAUCAUAGUACCUACCUAUUAUUACUCUAUAUACGCUACCACAAAUCAGUCGGUUCUUUUGGAAAAUUAAAUAAAUAUAUGUAUAAAAUUAUCGUAAAAAAAAAAACAAUAACAAUUUCAUAAUUACGAUUAAAUUAAUUUUAAACAUUUUAGUGAAAACAUUUUGAUGAAACUUUAUUUAUUUAUUUUUUUCAAAUCGACUAAUUCGUGGUUUACACUACAUAUAGGUUUGAUCUCUACCAUCGGCAUUUAAGACACUAUAGUAAAAUUAAUACGGCACGCACAUGUUGCAUAACAUUCGCCCAUUAUUAUAUUAAUGCUACAGUAGACAGCAAUACUUUUAAGCAAUCUGUGUUGUUAUUAAAUUUUUAGAAAUAAGUAUCAACUCAAUUUCUAUGAAAGAUUCAAUUUUUUCCAUAUUAUUCCACUGCCUAACUAAUAAGUAUAGCUAUUAUUAAUAAGGUUGAUAGAAAUAUGAUUUUAUUUUCGAAAAAUCAACGAUCGCACGAUACCGUUACGAGCGCAAAAUGAUAAUUAUUAAACAUUAUAACCACUUGAAACUCGUAGGUUAUUUUUCAAAAUUCGAUCAUGUAAGUUGAAUAGUAUAAUAUGAGAGUAUUGUUACUGUACGAUAACAACAAAUUAAACAGCAACUCGAACCGGGUCCGUAUAGCAUAAUAAUUUUUAUAAUAAGUAAUCGUAUACUUCAUUAAAGUUUUGUCGGUUUUUUUUUUACUCUACAUACUAUUAUCACGAUAUUGUAAUAUCUUCAUGUAGAUGCUGAUAGGCAAUACACUCGAACUCUAAAUUUUAAGAAUUCACAUCGUAUAUAGUAUAAUAUGGCUAAUUCGCGUUCGUCCGAAAAGUAAAUACCUAUCGUAUAACCUGCAAUUAUGCAUUAUUAAAACAGGCCGGUACUCUGCUUUUAUUGUAUACCGUUCACUCAUCAUAUUAGAUAUAUAUCUAAAAUAAUAUGUGUAUACCUACGUCUUAAUAUAUAUUAUAUAAACAAAAAAAAAUAGAUACUUGUAAAGUGAUUUAACGAUUUUUUUUUGGUUUUUAAUAAUUUUAUUGUAAUAUGUACUUAUAAAUUAAUACUACAUUCGACUAUAAGAUUAUUUUCAAUAAAAAUUAUAUAAUGCGUAUAUAUUAUUAUUAUAACAUAUAUAUAUAUAUAAAGAUAGGAAUUAAGAUAUUUUUUGAACAUGACGUAUUGAUAUUAUAUGUAAUAAUAUUCAGUUUAUAUAUGUCUUUACAUAAUAUUGUCAUUAAAAAAAAAAAAAAAAUGUGGAGCUCUUUAAUGGCGCCUGUAAUAUAAUAUAAUAUGUUUGAUAAUAAUUAUAUUAUAUCGCAAACUAAUUAAUUGGACAAAAUGUGCGUUGUAAUAUUUUUAUUAUAUUAUAUUAUAUUAUUUAUAUAUAAUAAUUAUGGUGUAAUAACGAAAUUGUGUAAAUAUUUUUGUAUUGUAAAUCUUCCAUAUUGUAUCCUAAUGACCAAAAUUAAAUGGUAAAUGUAUAUUAUCCAAUAUUAUAUAAUUAUAGUAUUUUAAAAAUCAA